GACAUUUUGUGUAGCGAGAAUAGAGAGGACACACACGUACACACGGUGUUAAACAGAAUUAAAAAUAAAUCACUUCAUACCUGCCGACAGUUUGAUAGCCUCAAAUAAAUUACAAUAUUUACUAUUAACAAAUUGGCCGGCGGUGGUUUAACGUUGGCUGGUUAGUUUGGUCCGAUUGGCGUCGACAGCAACAUUCAUCUAUUAGCUUAGCAUUAGCUUCGUCGCCGAAAAAAGCUAAGCUGAGCUAACCGGCUAAAUCUCAACUUUCUUCCUCACAGAGACAGAAUGGCGUUGAAGCGAAUUCACAAGGAACUCACCGACCUGGGUCGGGAUCCUCCAGCGCAGUGUUCCGCAGGGCCGGUGGGAGAUGACCUGUUUCAUUGGCAAGCCACGAUUAUGGGACCUAACGACAGUCCGUAUCAGGGCGGUGUGUUCUUCCUGACCAUUCAUUUCCCUACAGACUACCCAUUCAAACCACCCAAGGUCGCGUUCACCACACGAAUCUAUCACCCGAACAUUAACAGUAACGGCAGCAUCUGUCUGGAUAUUCUAAGAUCACAGUGGUCACCAGCAUUAACUAUUUCUAAAGUUCUGUUGUCCAUCUGCUCACUGUUAUGUGACCCAAACCCAGACGACCCACUAGUGCCAGAGAUAGCACGCAUAUAUAAGACAGACAAUGAAAAGUAUAACAGAAUAGCGCGAGAAUGGACCCAAAAAUACGCCAUGUGAUACCCCGAUUAAAUAUCACUCCAACAACUCUGCAUUAUAGCUGGAAGAACAUUCUACAGGCUGGCUCUAUUUCUCCCCCGAUUUUUCUUUCUCUCAUUCUAUUGUUCCGACGGAUUGGCACUUCCCUCUGUCUCUCAGACCUAAUGAGUUCUCCGUUCACUCGUUUCAUGUCCCUCUCAUGUGAAUCUCCGUGCACCUCGAUGCGGUCGCUUUUUAUUCGGCGUUAGGGAAACGAAGCAGGAAAAGCAAAUCAGACCAGAAAGAGAAGCGUAAUAAUUCACGCCACACGUUGACGGUGCUAUUAAGAAGAAAUAAAGACGUAAACCUAUGAAACGACGGUCCUUUACGAGCGACCUUGACAUUUUUAUAAGCUUUUCCGAUAGCGAUACGGUCUGUGAAAUACAGAUCUAUAAAUAUUUAGUCCCACUAUUUCAUCGACACGUACGAGCAGUAUCAGAUCUACCUGCAUGCAUGUUGACAGGGGAAUAACUGCGCUUCGGUGCUGUGCUGAAAACGCAGACCGUGUACAAACACGCGUCCACUUCAAGGGAGUCUGAGGACUUUUAUUUGUUACUCCUGUAUUUUGUUUAUUUUUUUUUAUUUUUAGAACAGGGGGCUGUUAGUUCAUCUCUCGUCCUUCACACUGUUUGCUUAUUGCACUGAAUUAAACGAUUGGAAGCUCUCGACGGAUGACCGGUGAACUAAUAGCUCCUCUAGAUGUCCAUUUGGUUUCUCAAUAAAGGUGGUAAAUGGA